AUGCAGAACUGCGUGGGGGAAAGUUGCCGAGCAGCUGAGCUAACAGCUAGCCGAUCAGAUCAGAAAGCAGUAGAGGAUGAUCGAAAACAAAAGAAAAAGAGACUGGAAUUAAAGCUGAAAAUAAAUAAAGAACAGAUGAGGUAUUUGAAGCUCCAAGAAGGGCAUAAGAAAACACUUGACCAGUGUAUCGGAACUAGCAGGACUGAGUGCCGGGAGACGAUUCAACGGAAGGCUCAAGAAAGCAGAAAAGAAGAUUUA